CUUUCCUCCAUCGACACUUAUUUGAAUUACUCCGCGUCAAAACCCUAAGCCCCAAUUCCCAAAACCCUCGUUAAACCCACACCCGCGCUAAAAUCCCACCUGCUAAUGGCCACUGGACUUCGACUGGUGACAGAAAGAGACGGCGCCGGACGGCCAGUAUUAGACGUCGGAAAUGGUGAGGAGCUGAUGCACGUCCUGCAGGGAGUCUCAAUCGUUCUUGGCGACGGCCACCGCCCGCCUGAAUCCCCCGGCACUCUCUACAUCACUACCAAACAAGUCGUGUGGUUGAGUGACACAGACCGAGCUAAGGGCUAUGCGGUCGACUUCAUCUCCGUGUCUCUACACGCGGUUUCUAGUGACCCUGAGGUUUAUCCUUCCCCUUGUAUAUAUACUCAGAUCGAGACUGGUGCUGAGGAAGAUGAAAUGGAAGACUCGGGUUCUGAGAAUGACGAUGCAGUAGACAUAUCAAAAAUAACUGAGAUAAGACUUGUGCCUUCAGAUCCUAAUCAAUUGGAUGUGCUGUUUGCAAUAUUUUGUGAGUGUGCCGAGCUGAAUCCUGAUCCCACAGAAGCUGAGGAAGAAGUUGAACACAAUUGGAUUUUCAGUGCUGAUCAACUGGAAAAUGAUGGCGAAGAGGAUGAUGGUCCAGAAUGUGAUGUCCCUGAAAUCUCAGUGAAUGCAAUUGGUGCUAAUGGGACUCAUGACUUGGCUCAUUCAGUGGUGCAGCUUCACAUAAACGAUCAACGCUUUGAGGAUGCAGAGGAAAUGGAGCAGGAAAACAAAAACGGUCAUCACUGAAUAUUACACUUUCCGGUGGUUUUAUACUAUUAGUCGCCAUGGCUGUGGGCAUAACGAUGUUGUGUAUCUCGUAAUGUGGAGAUUUUGAGACUAUUAUGUUGACUUUAUCUCUUUGUGUUCUCCUAUAUGUGAUAGUUAUUAGUAAGUAUAGAAGUUGUUGACUUAAAUUUUUGGAGUGCUCUUACAAUCGGUUUGUGAUUUUUAUGUCCACUCGAUUGAGACAAGGGAUACUGUUCUUCCCUCAUUAUUCUUGUUUUUUUCUGUUUGGUGGUAAUCACAUAACCAUGUCAAUUCGUAAUUUUGUUUACUUGUAAAUAUAUGAAAUAUAUUUAAUGAUCAA